CUUUGGUGUUUCACUUGAUGUCUCCUUGCCGUGCUUACAAGCUCGAUGGCAGAUGAGCGGAGCAGAUCUCCGAGAAGAGACUUUGUGUGGGUAAAGGUGAAGGAUGGCAAUCCGGUUAGAAUCUUGUUGUCCCAGCUGGCAGAUCCGAAAGAUGUCUUCAAUUUGUUGGAGGCGGUGAAGACAAAGGAGAGCCCCAAGUUGGAUACUGUAGCCAUUGGCGACCUCCAGCUAUUCCAGAGCGAAGGGGCGAAAGCAAAUGGUGAGCGAUGCCUUCGUCCUGACCUUCUCAUCGGCGAGGUCAACGGCGGAAACAAGGCCGACAACCCGCUCUACAUCUUCUUCCAUGGUGCGAGCUCCGGUGAGGC